UCGUUUGUUUGAGAGGUAAAACUAAAUUAACAUGUAUAAAAUCCAACCUCGACUUACACAGCAUGCCAAAAGUCUUGCCCAAUUCUUACACAGAGCCACCAUGAGUUCCCUGCAAAGUGUUUAUGUAACUCGUCCAGAUGUCGACGCCAGUGGACUGGAAUUGCUGCGUAAGAGUUGCAAUGUGACCACUUGGUCGCAGGCUUUGCCAGUGCCACGAGACGAAUUGCUGCGUCAAGUUCAGGGUAAGGAUGCGCUCUAUUGCGUUCUCACAGAUAAAAUUGAUGCAGCAGUGCUGGAUGCUGCUGGGGAAAAGCUAAAAUGCGUGUCUACCAUGUCUGUUGGUUUUGAGCACAUCGAUGUGCAGGAGUGCAAGAAACGGGGCAUUCGUGUUGGCUACACACCCGAUGUGCUGACCGAUGCCACCGCCGAGUUGACGCUGGCUCUGCUGCUGGCCACAAACCGGCGCCUGUUUGAGGCCAACAAACAAGUUUACAAUGGCGGCUGGAAAUCGUGGGCGCCCAUGUGGAUGUGUGGACAGGGCCUAAAGGACUCGCGCGUUGGCCUAUAUGGGUUCGGUCGCAUUGGGCAGGAGAUUGCAUCACGCAUUCUGCCGUUCAAACCAGCUCAGAUAACUUACACGACCCGGACGGCCAGGCCGGAAGAGGCUGCAAAGGUUAAUGCUCGGCGUGUGGACUUUGAUGAAAUGCUCUGCUUAUCGGACUUUAUUGUAAUCUGCUGCGCCCUAACCCCUGAAACAAAAGAGAUAUUUAAUGCUGAAGCUUUUGAGAAAAUGAAACCCAAUUGCAUUUUUAUCAAUACCUCGCGUGGUGGAGUUGUGGAUCAAAAUGCUCUAUAUGAAGCACUCCACUCGAAGCGGAUCCUGGCGGCAGGUUUGGAUGUAACCACGCCGGAGCCAUUGCCACUAGACAGUCCACUACUUAAGCUGGAUAAUAUUGUGGUGCUGCCUCAUAUAGGCAGCGCGGACAUUGAGACUCGCAAGGAGAUGUCUCGCAUUACGGCCAGAAAUAUUUUAGCUGCUCUGAAAGGCUGCGAAAUGGAGGCCGAGGUGAUCUAAAUCGAAUCAACGCUCAAAUGUCUCUGAAAACAGCGAAAAUAAAAUAAUGCAAAUAUGUA